UGACAACAUUACAGAGGAGUAUAGGUUGAAAAAAAUUGCGGAAGAAGAAGCUCAAAAAACCAAGAAAGCUAGUAGCAAAAAAUCUAACGUUACUGGAACGAGGAAAGAGGGCAGUACCUCGGAGGCUUCGAGCCAGAAGCCUACUAUGGACCGGAUUUUGAGUGAGAUGAAUGAGCUUCGGAAGGAAAUGCUUCGUUUGCCAGAGAGGAUGAUUGAGAAACUGAACAAAACCGGCGUCUCCUACAAACCCAGUAACCUGGAAGAGGACGAAGAGAAUCUGUACGGAGGCAUUAAUGAGUCUUCAAACGAUGUUGGACGUCCGCAAAAAGAGUUUGUAUAUCAAAAAGAUGAUUCAGACCGGUUCCGCACACCUUCCAAAAUGAAUUUGCAAAAGGAUGAUAACGGCGUUGAUGUAACUUCUCGUGAAAACACACCUUUUUACUGCACACCUGAGUACUGGGAUAGUUUCAAGGGUGAUAUGGAUGAUCCUGUCCAAGUACCAGAAGUAUCAGAUGAAAAAGCUGCCACAUCUUUAGAGACGGACGAAAUCGCAUCGCAUGCGUCGGUUGGUUCUCAAGGAGUACAAGAGGAAGUGGAGGAGGUUACUGGCAGGCGCAAGCGCAGAGGAUCACAACAUGUCAAGUCUCCUUAUGUGGUCCCUAAACCAAACAAACGUGCAAAACGUUCUGCCAAAGGAAAAUUGUUCCAAAAUGGUGAUGUUAACAAAUCUGGUGAUGAGUAUGAUGUGGUGAAAGCGUCCAUCAAGUACGUGCGUGCGCAUGAGCAUUUACAAAAACAUGCCAAAACAGAAAUUUUCAAUGAUGGCAUGGAAGAAGGUCUCACUGUGAGGAGAGCUUGUCAGAUUAUUAACCAUGAGUGGCUAAGUGGCGACGUAAUUGAUGCAUACUCAUCAUUUUUGGUCGACAAAGUUAAUGAUGAUCGUUUCAUGUUAACAACUUGGAGGAUACAUUGGUUGCUUCACGUUAGACCCGGAAAGAAGACCGCCGGUAAUGAUUAUGAAGCAGAGUCGCAUAGUAAUGGACCCGUGAACAGAUGUGAGGACGAGUAUUUCAAAAAAUCAAAGACUUACAUUCCUCUAAACAAGCAAAAUAAUCACUGGAUUACUGUCGUCAUGCAUAGCGGAAAAAGAGAGUUUCGGGUUCUUGACUCGUUGAUGACCGGAAAACUUGACACUGUUACUAGAGAACUCGUUGAGGACCUGAGAAAACAACUAGCAGAAGAUAUCCAAGAAGCAAAUGCAACCGGAAUUGUGAAUUAUCCGGAUGUUUCCAAGUGGCCUAUUCAAACGUAUGACAUGCCAAAACAACAUGAUGGGUACGCAAGUCAUGUUUGGACUACGAUGUACAAUGAACGCUGUGCUAACAUCAUUUUUUUUCAGACCUCAAUUGAUGAUUCAAGAGAGUUAAUGAUUGCGCAACUUAUAUUUUCGGAAAGAAACAAGCUUGAUGAAGUGAAAAACAAAGUUAUUCGGAUAUCAAAGAAGAAGAAAUAG